AAUCUCCAGAGACUCUCAAACUUCCGAUUCAUCAUCAUCUUCUCGUUUUUCCCCCAACAAUUUGCCGGCGAAACAGCCGAUGAAGUCUCGCCUGAAUCUGUACCUUUCACCGGCGAUUGAUUUUGAUUUUACUUCAGAAUUUAGUCAUAAGAAAUCGAUGGAAGUCUAAAAUUAGAAAGAGGUUUUCAAAUUCUCGCUCUCUCUUCAAAACCGCAAAUCAAGGAAACGAGAGAGAGAGAUGAGUAAACGGAAUCCGAAUAUUCUGAAGAUUUUCUUGUAUAUGUUACUUCUCAACUCUCUCUUUCUCAUCAUUUACUUCGUUUUUCACUCAUCGUCGUCGUCGUCUUCUUCAGCGGAUCAGCCAAAUCCUCAGUUUCCUUUGGUGCGAUUUCACGUUUCAGUGAGUAAUCAAUCGGCGAUUCAGAAACCGUGGCCGAUCUUACCUUCUUACCUCCCAUGGACGCCGCCGCAGAGGAAUCUGCCUACUCGCUCUUGCGAAGGCUAUUUUGGGAAUGGGUUCACGAAGAGAGUUGACUUCCUUAAGCCGAGGAUAGGAGGAGGAGGGGCAGGAGAAGGAAGCUGGUUUCGAUGUUUUUAUAGUGAGACGUUACGGAGUUCGAUUUGCGAAGGGAGGAAUCUGAGAAUGGUUCCGGAUCGGAUUGUUAUGUCGAGAGGAGGUGAGAAGUUAGAGGAAGUUAUGGGGAGGAGAGAGGAUGCGGAGCUUCCUGAGUUUCGAGAAGGUGCGUUUGAGGUGGCGGAAGAGGUUUCUUCACGGUUAGGUUUUAAGAGACACCGUCGUAUUGGUGAAGGUGGAGGUGGUGAUGUGAUUUCUCGGCGGCUGGUCAAUGAUGAGUUGCUGAAUGAGUAUGUUCAAGAAGGUGGUAUCGGUAGACAUACGAUGAGGGGUUUGGUUGCUUCUAUUCGUGCUGUUGACACCAAAGAUUUCGUUUGUGAAGAGUGGGUGGAGGAACCAACCUUGCUUGUUACUCGAUUCGAGUACGCAAAUCUCUUCCAUACCGUGACAGAUUGGUAUAGUGCCUAUGUUUCUUCUAGAGUCACCGGUUUGCCUAAUCGACCCCACGUUGUUUUUGUUGAUGGACACUGCACGACGCAGCUAGAAGAAACAUGGACAGCUUUAUUUUCCGGAAUAAGGUACGCAAAGAAUUUCACCAAACCGGUUUGUUUCCGCCAUGCGAUUCUUUCACCGCUGGGAUACGAAACACCGCUUUUCAAGGGCUUGAAUGGAGAAAUAGACUGCAAAGGGGAAUCAGCUCACAAUCUGUGGCAAAACCCUGACGAUAAAAGGACUGCGAGGAUAUCAGAGUUUGGCGAAAUGAUCAGAGCAGCUUUCGGGUUUCCUGUCAACAGACACCGCUCAUUAGAAAGACCGACAUCAUCAUCAUCAUCCUCUGUUCAUAAUGUUCUCUUUGUCCGCCGUGAAGAUUACUUAGCCCAUCCUCGUCAUGGCGGGAAAGUCCAGUCUCGGCUCACAAACGAGGAAGAAGUGUUCGACUCCUUGCACCACUGGGUCACAUCUGGCUCCACCGGUCUGACCAAAUGCGGGAUUAACCUUGUGAAUGGCUUGUUUGCACACAUGUCAAUGAAAGAUCAAGUCAAAGCCAUCCAAGACGCGUCAGUGAUUAUAGGAGCUCACGGAGCAGGUCUCACUCACAUUGUAUCUGCAACACCAAACACAACUAUAUUUGAGAUUAUAAGCGUCGAGUUUCAGAGACCUCAUUUCGAGCUUAUAGCGAAAUGGAAAGGUUUGGAGUAUCACGCGAUGCAUCUGGCGAACUCGCGAGCAGAUCCAACUGCUGUGAUUGAGAAGCUAAAGGAGAUCAUGAAGAGCCUUGGCUGCUAAAAAACAAGAAUUCGGUGAGUUUGGAAUAUUUUGACACUUUUCUUUGUAUCAUUUUUUUAGAUGGGUUAAUGAUGUCAAGUUGUUGUAAAUUAGCUUUGCUCUUUGUACUAGACAGGCCUUUUCUAAUGGUUUAUUAUUUUUAAAAUUCUUC